AUGAUUGAGUGGUUUCGGUGGCAUUGGGGACAUCUUUGGCACACAAUCUGGCUUAUCUGCUCAAGGAUUCUUCUUUCAAUUCUCGGCUUAGCGGUCGUCGCUUUCUGUUUCUCUAUAUGUCCAGAGACGACUAGGGCCCUGGUACUACUCUGCUUCCAGGACUUUAAGAGGAGAGUUGAAGACAUUGCUAAGGCGACUGGCUACUUGCUCAACGUGUCGGUCCAUUACUUCCAUAAGCACAAAGACAGGUGCCGACAUAAAACGGAACCAAACUUCACCCUACCAGAAUUUAAAUACGAAGCAGUCCUAAACGAUCGACAAUUCCGACUCCUCAAACUCCACCGAAAGGUACCCCUACAAGACCUGAAGUGCGAACUAGUUAUCAAGCCAUUGGAUAAGGCGGAACCAUACCAAGCCGUCUCAUAUACUUGGAGCGACCAAAAGCCAACCGAAGAAGUCAUCAUUAAUGAAUCGCGUCUACUUAUCACUCCCAACGCAUACAAGGCCUUAAGGUCCAUGCAGUCCAUGUGGUCGACGAAGAUGGUAUGGAUUGACUCUAUAUGCAUCAACCAAGGGAAUAACUCAGAGAAAACAGCGCAAAUAGCGCUCAUGACGGAUAUUUAUAGCAAGGCAUCGCAAGUAACCGUAUGGCUCGGAGAUUCUUACGACGGGCAUCUCGCCAUGCAGCUCACAGCGGAGCUCUCCAUAACUUUGCUUACGGUUCCUGCGUUGGAUCUUGUGAAAUGGUACGGAAAUCAAUUGGAGACACCUCGAUGGUUAGCGCUCAAAAAAUUGGUCUUGCGUCCUUGGUUCUCUAGAGUCUGGGUCGUCCAAGAAGUGGCUGUGGCAUCCUCAGUUCAAGUCCGUUAUGGAAAUUUACAGCUCACCUGGGAGUCGCUGUUGCCAGUGUUCUCUGCUGUAGUAGGUCCUACGACAUGUCUUCUUGCUCUCGAUCCUCGCACAGGGGUGGAAGCAUCGAGGAACAACCAGAAUGCCAUGGUCAUGGAAUAUUUCAGAAACAACAGGAAACAGAACACGAAGAUUUCGUUGUUUGCAUGCCUGGAACUUUGUAUCGGGUUCAGCAGCAAGGAUCCAAGAGACAAGAUUUUUGCUCUACAGGCAAUGAGCCGGGAGGGACUUGGAAACUUGAAGCCAGAUUACAACAAGUCAGCUUUUGAGGUAUAUACCGAUGUGGCUCGAUAUAUCCUUCGUACUACCGACACCAAUCGUCUUUCAAUGCUCUCACUAGCUGGUACUGGCUUUCCCAGAGCUACGAUAGUAGAUGGUCUUCCUUCUUGGGUACCGCAAUGGAACUCCAGAGAGUCGGGCAUACCGCUUACAAACACUUAUAAUCGGAAGGGACCAUGUGUAUAUGACUAUAACGCCUCAAGUUCUACGCUACCCGUGAUCCAUUGGCGACAAGACCCAAAAUUGCUCGUUGUUGGCGGUGUGUACAUUGAUGAGAUUGUCGCCAUUGGGAACUCGCCCCCACUUCGGCUCGAAAGCGAUGUUACUGACCCUUCCUCCCAAACCGUUUCACUUGACCGGCUCCAGAACUGGACUCUUGAGGCGCAGCGCCUCGCGUCGAAGGUGCCAUCGCCAGGCUUGCCCUGCGAUCAUGAACAGGCAUUCUGGAGAACCUGCAUGGGAGACCGCCUCAUGUCUGCCGAAGGUGCAGUACGGCCGGCACCAACUGAAUACGGCGACUACGCUAGAGAUGCGGACAAGAUGCGUUCAUGCGGAUACUUCAUUAGCAAUCCCGAUGACCCUCGUUCCUUUGAACUCAUGUUCAGCGCGUUGCGAGAAUUCUCAUCAGUGGAGGAGGUCCAGCGGUGUGUCUCUGGUAGUACAAAGUUUGAGGCAGCGAUAGGCCCGCAUCAGUACCACCGAAGCUUUUGCACCACCAGGUUGGGAUACAUUGGUUUGGUGCCGCCAUAUUCGCAAGUUGGAGACACAAUAUGUGUCAUAUUCGGCACGCAAACGCCCAGUAUUUUGAGGCGGGUUCCGGGUACCAUAGGGAAUACCUACGAACUAAUCGGGGAGUGCUAUAUCCAUGGUUUAAUGAAUGGGGAGACUGUUAAUUCAGGGAUGGAAAUGAGAGAGUUUGUGUUAUGUUAG